AUCCCACUAGGAACUCCACUCUCUCUUCAUCCAUCACAAUGAGUAACAAAUUCCUAGGCACCUGGAAGCUUGUCUCCAGCGAGCACUUCGAUGACUACAUGAAAGCUCUAGGCGUGGGGUUAGCCAACAGAAAACUUGGAAAUUUGGCCAAGCCUAGUGUGAUCAUCAGCAAGAAGGGAGACUAUAUCACCAUUAGAACUGAAAGUGCCUUUAAAAAUACAGAGAUCUCCUUCAAGCUGGGCCAGGAGUUUGACGAAACUACAGCUGACAACAGAAAAACCAAGAGCAUCGUGACGCUGGAGAGAGGCUCCCUGAAGCAGGUGCAGAAGUGGGACGGUAAAGAGACAACCAUAAAGAGAAAGUUGCUGGAUGGGAAAAUGGUAGUGGAAUGUAUAAUGAAGGGUGUGGUCUGCACCAGGAUUUAUGAGAAGGUCUGAGAAAAUCGUUGACUCAUCCAAAUGGUGUUUGCUCAUCUGAGACUGGAAAUUACUCAGCGAGUCCUGAGUUCACCGCAGCUGGUUGUUCGCUUUCUUCUGCCCUCGCCAUGUGUUUUAUAGCAAAGGUUUAAGUGAGAAUUAACCUAAAAUGUUAAUUUAGACAUUUUCCGUGUUCAUCCAUGUCUUUGCCAUGUUAAUCCUUCUGUAUCGACUACACAAAAGACAUCCCAUAAAAAUCACCGUUGCAGAGUGACAGCCUAAGCUGUGCUCACUCUUUCUGUUUUAAAUAAUGAUAAAAAGAAGUAAUCAAAUACUAAAA